UUUUCUGAUUCUGAUUGUUAUAUGGAUUUUGGCUUAAUACCUUAAAAAAAACUCAUGAACUAUAAUAGAUUUAUGGUGGUUUGAAAUGGUUUUCAACCAUUAAAAUGUGUCAGCUGCCACCUGCUAAUGCUUCUUUUUGCAGAUUGAAGUGUAACAUGUAUGCAUAUCAGUGAUUUUACCAUUACCUAGAUUUCCCAUGCUUGCCCUCUCCUCUCAUAACUAGCCCGUGACCAGCAAUGGACAGUAUGCUUAGCAUCUCAAAUGAUGAAAGCUUCACAAGAUAUAGUUGAAAAGACAGAUUCCCUCUCCCACAAUUUAUCUUCAUCAGCAGGAGUCACAUUGCACAUGCAAUCGCCAUGAACAGUGGAUUCCCACCCAAUUCAGAGCCAGAAACCUUGGAAUCUCUUGUCUACUUAAAACACCAGCCGUUGGCAGUUCUGAUUACCUGUCCAGUUUGAUCUUCUGCAUUACUAAACUCAUUUUCUUUUGGUACUAAAACUUUGGUGAGAGUUGAAGGCAGAGUUCAAGCUUCCAUAAUCAACAUCCAAAUACAGCUACUACAAUGAAACCAACUGUUUUGAUGACCCAUUUUCUGUCGGAGCCAGCCACCACCCACGGUGGAAGUGGCAUGAUCAAGCCCCUUCAUUUUUGCUUUUAGCUGUGUUGGCUCUUUAUCUCAACCGUGAAUACUUUGGACUACUCCCAUGGUUACACGUGUACAAAAAAAACAAAAGGUCUAAUACAAGAAUGGCUGCAGCCACUGAUGCAAUGAAGCCAUUUGGAUUCCCUAACAACUUGGUUGUCAAAACCAUCAAGGAACUCCUAAAAGUGUAUGGGGAAGAAGGGUGGCCCUUCAUUGAGGAUGCUGCUUACAAGGUUCUGAUAGAAGCUAUACUUGAAAAGGACAAUGGAGGAGAAACAAGUAAUUCCAAGGAACCAGCUGCUGAGACUUCUGGUGGGACUCUUUCACUUGCAUGCUCUGAUGUGAACCCUCCCAACACCGGAUUGCAGAUCGGCAAUGACUUGGACCCUGCAUCAGAGACCUGUGGUGGGACUCUUGCACUUGCAUGCUCUGAUGUGAAUCCUCCCAACACCGCAUUGCAGGUCAGCAAUGGCUUGGACCCUGCAUCAGAGGCCUGUGGUGGGACUCUUGCACUUGCAUGCUCUGAUGUGAAUCCUCCCAACAUCGCGUUGCAGGUCAGCAAUGGCUUGGACCCUGCAUCAGAGACUAAUGAGGCUUUGGGCACUGCAAACCUGACAAAUGAAUCUGUCGAAGCAGGAGGCCCCGUGAGAGAGCCUGUUCAGCUUCCUGGGAGCACUAGCCACUCUACUCCAUCUCUUACUCAUACCCCACCAAUGCCAGAGAGCAAUUCAACUAGGCAGCGCAGGCCUUACUAUGGCUGGAUCUGCAGUGAUGAUGAAGAGGAUCUUGUGGAGCUAGCACCAGGACCAUUAGCUGAAGAAAUGGAAAACUUGCUUUUAAGUCUCAGGGGACAGAGAGAGAGAAAGCAAAGGUGGGAUGUAAAACCUGAGGAUAUCUAAACUCUUUUCAGCUGUAAAUUCUCUGACAUAUUCACUGGGGUUUGGCUUAAAACUCUGCUUAUGGAAAUU